UUUUUUUUGCUGUUUUGUGCGUCUGUUCAGAGUCACUCUUCAUUUAUUAACACAAGUUUUCAUUCAGAUAGAAUUUUGUGACCUGUGAUGCCCCCUGUGACCGGUUCUCAGAUCUUUGUGUCACACUACUUGUUUUUUCAUUUUUAGGAGAAGAAAUAGAUCGUAUCAAUCCAUCACUCUGGGCAGCUGUUCGCAUUAUUUUUUAUUUUAUCCAAAAGCUUAAAGUGCAGAUGUCUGCCAGUCCGUCUGCAUCCGAGUACCUGCUAAAUGACUGUCUCAUUUUCAUCCAGUGUUUUCACUCCGGGGUGUAAAGUAGCUGCUUGUUCUGCUCUGGCCUAAAGACACACCCACACGAAACCCCCCACUGUUACAGUCGAGGCAAAUAUAGUCGCGUGGACCAGACUAGAAGAAACCCCCCACCCUCCUCUGACCCGCUCCUUACGCAAAUAAACCUUUGACGGUUAUGUGAGUGUUUAGACGGAGGCUGACGUUCAGGAGGAGAGACGUGGACGCUGCCGAUCACCAUGGCUUCCACCCCCUCGGCCUCUGCCCUGUCCGCUGUUCUCCGGUGCCGGGGGAAUAUCUGGACGAGGAAUCCGCCGGCGAAGCGGCCUGCCAGCUCGGCGUACGGCCUCGGACUGGCCGGCGGGGCGCUGCGCGACUCUCCGGGCGAGCGCAGCGGCUCACACCAGGCGUCAGCGGCGGAGGCUUCUCCGCACGGAGAGUGUGUGGCGGUGCUGGUGGGAAGAGGGCUGACUGUUUCGUACAGGUCGCACAGAGUGGGGGGUAAAGUUUCCAGGGAAGUGAAUAGAUUACGUUACCCAAAACUUUCGCAAUCUCCAGGGCACGCGCACUCAGCUGCGCAUGCGCUGAUGCGCGAGCUAGCGGGCAGACUGUCUGGAAAUAAUACUAAAAUAAUUCACGUUAUUAAAUUUGAAAAAUAUCCUUCACACACCCGCAAAAGCGCGUUAGUUAAAGACACGAGUGCAUUCCCAGCGCGCGUGCUGAAGCUGUCCGUGACGUCCCCUCCGUGUUCAGUGGGACAAAUCCCGUCCUUCGUGUUAAACGGCUGGUCUGCACUGAGGAGCACGUGCUUAUCUGUGACUUGUCUGGUGUCCAAAAUUCUGUUUUUGAAUUUGGGAGAGGUGCGUAGAUCAGGCAGCAGCCCCGAUGAAGCACCACGACAUCUGCUGUGCCAGCGGGAUGAGAAAAACUCCAGCAGCCGGGCCCUCCAGGCAAAUGAACAAACCUCCUCCAAGAACAACUCCAGCUUAGCACAAAAGAUCACACAGGAAGGACCUGACUGAGUCCAAGGCCUCCGUGCCAGAAAGAGGCGCUGAUCAACAUCAUUUAUUGACUUUUCAAGACACACACCACAUCUGGACUUCAACCUGCUGAUAGAAACCAACCAGCUGUGUUUGAUCGCACACAAACGAGUGACAAAUGAAUGGAAGAACCGAAAUGAAGCGAUUGGCUUCCACAAACACCAUUAGUGCUUUUUGGCAGUGACUCUCCAAACCUCUGAUUCGGGCAAGACCAUCUUUACUGUAAAAAUAUUUUCCCUUAUCUGUUGUUUCGAUGAUAGUGAUCAAGGGCAAAGUCCCACAUGCAUUGGUAAUCAAUUAGAUUGAGAUCAGAUUGAGUCGCAUACUGUGGCAAAGGCUACAGCAUGUCAUCCAUAUCAUUUUCACCCUGUUAAGAUCUUUCAGUGGCUGGGGAUAUUGUCAUCAUGGAAGAGCCCACUCCCAUCAGGACUAAAAUAUUUCAUCAUUAAGCUGAUGUUUCUGCAUAACUUUGUAUUGAUUUGAAGUGAAUCACCACUGUAGGGGCCUACAGCGAGUCCCCUCUCUGUAGGGUUCAGUGGUUCAGGUUUUUUUCCUUUAAUUUGCCACUUGUCUGUAUGAGCAACAAGAAACAAGCAUGUAUUCCAAGUCUUCCCAAUGGAUAAGCUCACCUUGCGUGCUGCAUUCUGUUUGUCAGGGCUCAGUGUUUCCAGUGGGAGAAACGUGUUAUCGCUCAUCCAGGUGACCUCUUCAGGCUGACAGAAGAAGUCGGCUGUCUGCAGGUUUCUCCAGCCAACUGAAAAUGCUGCGCUCAGAUGAACAGAAUCAACUUUCUGCAUUAAAACUCUCACCCUGCAUAAUUUGCACAAAAGCUCAUUUUGCAGAGACCGUGAUAUAAACUUCCUCUUUAAAAUGGAGUGAAACUAAAGCAUCAAGAAACAACAAUGCACACUGAGUAAAAACUAGAUAAAUGUGUGGAAAUAA